UGUAAAUGUCAACUGUCUAUAUCUCCCGUGUACAGUCAUACAGCCCUCAGAACACCUUCGCUUACAGAUAAAGGCGGUUAAGAAGUUGAGAGAAGCUCUUUAAUGUUUGCUGAAAUGACACCAGGCACAAAACACUCACUGUUAGUCUCAAAAGGGUUUGAACAGAACUGCAGACCUGAGAAGCUCUGCCACAUUUCAGGGUCAAGGUCUGAGAACCAGAACCAUCGGAAAGCAUUCUGCUUCAGGAACCGCCUGAUGUUUUGCUUCAAGGAACGACGAAGGAUGAAGCAAAGAGAAACACCUGUGCAGUCUGUCACUAACGCGACAGAAGGUCAACUCAGAGAACUGGCAUCAAAGUGGUUCAUCGAGACUCAAGCACCGCUCAUUACCCACAAUGGCUUCUUCCCAUCUUGGUUCCUGGGCUUCAUCUCUAGAGUGGAUGCUGAAGAAAUCCUCAGAGAGAAGGAGCUGGGCACUUUCUUGAUCCGUCUCAGCGAUAAGGCCAUUGGAUACAUACUCUCCUACAAAGGUAGGAAUCGGUGUCGACACUUUGUGAUUAACCAAAGCAAAUCAGGACAGUUCGUAGUCUGUGGAGAAAGUGAAGGCCACAGCACAGUCUCUGAUCUAAUAGAACACUACAAGAUGAACCCCAUUGAGCCAUUUGGGGAGUAUCUGACAUCUCCAUGUUCUGAGAUGCUGAAUGAAGACCUUUAUGAUGUCAUUCAGGUUAGUCCAAGAGAAAAGUCUGCUUCUGCUAUCAGAAAGCAACAGAUCAACUCCUCGAAUCAACUGCCUACACGACCGCCAAGGGCCAGCAGGACACUCCAGGACAUCCCACCUCUACCCCAGAGGAGCAAACAUCUAGAGGUCGGUUCCCCAAAUGAUCGCAAACCUGAGCAGGGUGGCGUCAUGUACACUGAGCUGCAGAAAAAGCUACACAGGGAGCUGACACACAUUUGUCAGAACAGCUCAUCUGAGCAAUACUCAGCCACAUCUGGGAGGGAGAAGAUGCAGGAUCAGUCCAUCAACAGGUGUAGUCCUAUUCCUGCUGAAAAUUGUGUCUACUCUUUGCUACUGGACAACAAGACCAGGUCUCUUCCUCUCCUGGACAGCAGCUGUGAUGGAGCUCAGUCUUACAGGCUGAGUGCAACCUCACUCACCCCACUACAACGCUCCCCCAUGCCCCUCAGACAAGCCACUAGCUACAACCCACUGCCUCAGAAUCCAAACUCGCACUGCAGGCCAAACAGCAACAUCCUGGACUACAGGUCUAAGGAAGCUGUCUAUCACCUCGCUGGCAGACCUGGGAGCCCUCAUGCUGUCACGGAUUAUAGAUUUAUGAUAUCUGAAGAAGAUACAACAUACGCAGAGGUCUCCCCUGAAUUCCUGUCAUGCCACUUCCACUAUGAAAACACAUACGAACAGAUUCCUGGACACGAGGACAUGGAUCAGUCUAAAUGCAGCAGCAACACCUAUGAGUCUCUGGAUGACCACAGACACAAGCCUCAUCUUUUAAACCUGAGGCUGAAGAAUAACAAAUGCAAAUGGCUGUUCCCCGAGGCUAAGAGGAAAUGAUGCAUGUCCAGGCUGCAAAGAACUUUUUAAAAUUUAAUUUACCACUUAUACUAACACUAUUACUGCCUAAUUUAUAUUAUAAAAAGUAUGAUUAUUGUCACUGUUAUUAUUAGUAUUAUUGUUGUCAUGUGCUACCCUGCAUUGUAUUUAUGUAUUCUGCAUAU